AUGAAGACGUUCCUAAGCGCUGCACUGUGUGGACUCAUGGCUGCGACGUCAAACGUGUCAGCGUCUACCAUGUUUGUUCACGUGCCGCUCGUUCUUUGGUCCCAGCGCCCCAUUUUUGCCGGAUCUAACGCAUAUCUGAGCUAUGAAAUGAAUGAAGUAGCAGUUGCGUCGACCUUAAAGCUUGUCAUGACACGAGAAAUGAGCACUGACAGCAAGGGCGUGUUGAGCACCAAGAAGACUUUUUUUGAGCAUGCAGAAAUACUGUGUUUGUUUCUAUUGCCUUCGCUAGCCUUGGAGGACAUGGCGCAGCUUUCGAUAGGGACAGGCUUCUUUGUGCAGAACGCUGUCCAAAACUCAGUUUCGUCUGUGGUCAUUCCUCAGACGACGCGCUCAAAGCCUCUUCUCUCCGAGAUGACGAACGUGAAACCGCACAUUGUUGGGGUCGAAGACUUGGAUAUGUUUAUUGCGUCUGCGGAGGGAAAGAUGCUGUUUUCUAACGGCAACACGGAUUUACUUGUGGUGCAGCUGCCAGAAACAAUGCCUCUGUCUGACGUCGAUGCUGUCGUCAAGACAGCAUCGAGCAACCUUAACGCCGCAUCAGGUGGCAAGACGGACUUUGCUUUCACUGGUAACGAGGCUACAUUGGUGGAGCUUGAGGAGCCGCUGGCCCGACGUCUUACCGCUCAAGCUAAGGCCAAGACGAACUCCACCCAGGCUGCAAUUCUAUGCGAAGCAGGUUACCUCGUCGGAUUCAGCGCAGUAGGCAAGGCCUACUGCUUCUCGCACUACGUGAACAUCACACCCGACAUCAUGGCAGGUCUCCUCUUCGGCCUCCUUUUCAUUUUUAUGGCGUACAUCGGUCUAAGUGUGCUGCAUCAGAUCCAGACGCCACAACGAUACCCAUUACAAGGAGCGCCACGCGGCAAGGAGUUUUAA